ACUCCGUUGUCACCCCACAACCACAACAUCACCUCUGCUUACGCCCUACACCAGCCCGAGCUCCGCCAUCAGAUAACUCCGUUGUCCACACAUACCAAGACAACGCGUAACCACAACAAUGGUUCCCCUCCCGCCCCCCUCACCACUGCCCGAAUUCGUCUACAAGAUCACGCCGACCACCCCCCCGGACCCAAUCCCCGAGCAAUACCCGCUCUCGGACCUGGACCGGCAAGACGGCUUUGUCCACCUGAGCGUCUCAUGGCAGAUCCCCAUCACAGCAGACCUCUUCUUUAAGGGCGCGAUCUCCUUUUAUGUCCUCAAGCUGCGCUUGGCCAACCUUGACCCGUCCACCGUCAAGUGGGACGAGGUGGAUGGCACCAACGGCUGUCCGCACCUGUACGGCAACUUUGGCGCCCAGGACGUCGUGUCGGUGAGGGAGUUCCGUCGUGGGGAGGGGCAGACGUGGCAGGAGGCUUUGGAGGCCGAGAAGGGCUGGUUGGAGUACUAAUAAUAAGUCGAUGAAAAAGGGCGCUUCUCAGUUCAACCUGAGGGCCACAGCC